CCAGUCGUCCCAGUAGUGUCAAGAUCCUCGACAGACACAGAGGAAUGGCAAGAGGUGAAGGACAUCAAACUGGAGGCCACAGGAGCUUUGUGAAGCCAGCAGGACGCAAUACAUGGAGAGAUGACCAACCAAUCACUGUUGAGGGUAGUGGAACCUCAACCCAGCACGUUAUUGUGAUCGAGUCUGUAGAUGCAGAGGCUGCAGGGCCUGGGGUCAAGCUGGAGAGGUCUGAGGGAGAGGACCCAGGGCAAAGCAGAGACAUCCAGACUGGUGUGCUCCCUGUAUCCACAGAGGACCCCACCACCACGCCGCCCAGAACCCGACGCAGCAUCACGGCAGUCAAUGGAACGCCGGCCGCUGUCCUCAAGUCCGAGACAGACACUGAGACCAUAACUGUAGCACAAAGGCUUUUACGAACAGGAUCUGACCACAGAUCAGAUCCAGAGAGACUGGAGAUGGGGCCACUGGACUGUCCUCCUGCUCCUGGCUCAGAGUACUUACCAGUAUUUCACCACAGCCAGAAGACUGUUAAUUCCUGUGGAAAUACUGAUGGUGAUGCGUUAGACACUGGCAGUGAUGAUCUGUCUUGUUUUUACACGACAGAGAUGGACCCAGGAAACAUAUCCUUGGGUUUAGAGAGACAGACUGAUCUUUCUAGAGGGGACUGGAACCGAUACAGUAGUAGUGUAUACUCUGAAGGGUGCCUAGAUAAGAAAGGAGAGGUUAUAGCAGUAGAUGAAGUGAAAGUGGAGGGUGACGCUCCUCUUACAUGGAAUGCAGAUGAGACUACCUUAGGAGAAGGACACUCACAAGGCAGAGAUUUCUUAGAUUACAGGGAAAGCUUAGAGACAAAUCCAAAUGUCUCGAGCAUCUCCCCUUUACACACGCUCAGUGAUCGUGCCCCAGUGUCCACGUCGAAGGGGCCUUCCGAUUCACACGGCAUCCUUUUCGAUCAGGUAUUGAACUCAAACAACAGGGCUACAGCCCAGGCUCACAGAAGGGGAGCAACAUCAGGCAGUAGUAAAGAGAAACGGUUCCUCUGCAUGUUCUGUAACAAAGGCUUCAGCUGUCUCCAGAAGGUGGAGAUCCACCAGAGGGUCCACACAGGUGUGAAACCCUUCAGCUGUACCCAAUGUGAUAUGCGCUUUGCUGAGGCUGGCAGCCUGAAGAGGCACCAGAGGGUCCACACAGGGGAGAAACCUUACAGCUGUACCCAGUGUCACAUGCGCUUCACCCAGGCUGGCAGCCUGAAGAGGCACCUGAAGGUCCACAUGGGAGAAAGGCUGUUUGCCUGAGGUUCUCAGAGAGGAGCUACCUCAGGAUACCCUAGCAGAAAAACUAUUCCACUUCCAUAGCUUAUUACGUUUAGAUCAAACCCUGCAUUAAAGACAAAGAUUAAUUUUCCUUGUAGUGAGCAGAAAAGAUCCACAGAUGCAUUUCGAAUAACGAGAGUAAAAGAUUUCAUUGUUGAAUAUUCCUGGGAAGAAUAUUGUAUCCAGACAUUGUGUGAUAUACACUGAGUGUACAAAACAUCAAGAACACAUUGCUAAUAUCGAGUUGCACCCCCCCUUUUGCCCUCAAAACAACCUCAAUUAGUCGGACAUGGACUCGAAAGUGUUCCACAGGGAUGCUGGCCCAUGCUGACUCUAAUGCUUCCGACAGUUAUCAAGUUGGCUGUAUGUCCUUUAGGUGGUGGACCAUAAUUGAUACACACACGGAUAACUGUUGAGCGUGAAAAACGCAGCAGCGUUGCAGUUCUUGACACAAACCGGUGCGCCUGGCACCUACUACCAUACCUCCUUCAAUGGCACUUACAUAUUUUGUCUUUCCCAUUCACCCUCUGAA